GCUGCUGAUGUCACAGCGCCAACCGAGGUGCCAGCCAGCAGCCGAGAGCAGCAACCGGAAUGAUGGCGACAACAGAACGAAUUCAAACGGAGUCCGUUUAACAACGACGGUAACUGACAAAUCAAACUCUAAAAUGGAAGUCUUCCCUGAUCAAGAACAGCUUCUGUCAUUCCUAAAAAAGCUCAAGGAGGUAUUCGACGUGUGUGAUGAAGAUGCUGAUGGUUUCAUUCGGGUGGAACAUUUCGUGGAUCUGGGGCUACAGUUCGGGCAAGGAGACAGGGAUGAGGUGAAGAAGUUGACUAAGUACCUGGAUCCCAAUGCUCACGGCAGGAUCAACUUCAAAGAUUUCUGCUAUGGAGUGUUUGCCAUCAAAGGGUGUGAGGAGAUUCUCAAGACAGCUCUCGGCCCUCGUAGUGUUACUAUUCAGACGGACAAUGGAUACAUCUACCAGAACGGUGAAGCCAGACUAGGCCCUCCCAUCAUCAUGCGUACCCGCCCCUACCCAGAUUGCAGUGCAGAGCAGGGGGAGUGUUGUGACAUGGACAGCACCAAUGAGAGUGGGGGGCGAGGCAAUGAGAAGGAGGGAUUUGGAGGACUUUUCCUACCUGGCAACAAUUCUGGCCAGCUGAUCGGCUCUGCCUCCGUCAUCUUGGGGGAGGAGCAGUUUGAGGACUAUGGAGAGGGGGAGGAUGUGGACUACACUCCCAGCAGCCCCUGCCCCGAUGAUGAAACACGCACGAACGGCUUCUCAGACCUCGGUUCUUCUCUGCCAUCAAGUGCCGGUCAGACCCCACAGAAGAUGCGUCACCUCUAUAACAGUGAACUGUUGGACGUCUACUGCUCCCAGUGCUGCAAGAAGGUCAACCUGCUCAAUGACCUGGAGGCCAGACUCAAGAACCUCAAAGCCAACAGCCCGAACAGAAAGAUUUCCAGCACUGCGUUCGGACGCCAGUUGUUCCAGCACAACCAUAGUGCAUUUAGCAGCAGUCAGGGGAGCACGGAGGACCUGUUCAGAGACUCCAUCGAUUCCUGUGAUGUGGACAUUACAGAGAAGGUGAGUUACCUGGAGAAGAAGGUGACAGAGCUGGAGAACGACAGUCUGGCCAACGGAGACCUCAAGUCGAAGCUCAAACAGGAGAACACCCAGCUGGUGCACAGGGUUCAUGAGUUGGAGGAGCAGCUGAAGGACCAGGAGACCCGAGCGGAGCAGAAUCUAGAAGAGGAGCUCCGCAGACACAGGGAGACCUACAGCAAGAUGGAGAGGGACAAGAACACGGACAUAGAACUACUGAGCAACAGAGUUCAGCAGCUGGAGGAGGAGAAUGGAGAGAUGAAGAUCAACGUGUGCAGACUGAAGUCCCAGACUGAGAAACUAGACCAGGAGAAGCAGCGGAUGACAGAUAAACUGGAGGACACCAGUUUGAGACUGAAGGAUGAGAUGGACCUAUACAGGAAGAUGAUGGACAAGCUUUGGCAGAACCGACAUGAGUUUCAGAAGGAGAGAGAGGCCAUGCAGGAGCUGAUCGAGGACCUGCGUCGGGAGCUGGAGCACCUGCAGCUGUUCAAACUGGGUUCGGAGAAGGGCCUGGGCUCGGGAGCGGGGCUGUCAGAAUACAACGCCAAGACCCGAGAGAUAGAAAUGGAGCACGAGGUCAAGAGACUCAAACACGAGAACUUUAAACUGCGGGACCAGAACGACGACUUGAACAAUCAGAUCCUCACCCUGAGUCUGUAUGAAGCUAAGAACCUGUUCGCCUGCCACACCAAGGCCCAGUCUCUGGCUGCGGAGAUAGACAACGCCUCCAGAGAUGAGCUGGUGGACGCCCUGAAGGAGCAGGAGGGUGUUAACUUCCGUCUCAGACAGUACAUGGAUAAGAUCAUCCUCGCCAUCCUGGACCACAACCCCUCCAUCCUCGAGAUCAAGAGUAGCAAUUAAACGCACACACACACACACACACAUCGAUGCAAAGAAACGCAGGCACACGCACGCAAACACACGUCCAUGCCAAGUAAUGGUACAGGAAAAAAAUAUUCUAAAAAAACAGCCAGUCAAAAGGCCACCAUCGCCUCUGUCUUUCAAUCAAAAACAAAACAAGAAAAAUAAACUGUCAUAAUGACAGACAAUACCCAGAGAAUAGUAGUAUUAUGAUGGUUGCUUUAUGAUAAUAAAUAGUAGUAUUAUGAUGGUUGCUUUAUGAUAAUAAAUAGUAGUAUCGUUUCAUUCAGUUCUAUAGACUUACUACCUCGCUAGCUCCAGUAUUUCAGUCCGUUACCUUACAAUCAUUUAGACCUGAUGACAAAUGUGACUUCAUGCAAAAACAGUCUCAUAUCUAAUUGGCAGAGCUGUCAGUCACAGAGGGGAUUCAAAUGGAAGCUAUGGAAAGGCCACACACAGGCUCACUGAUUGGUUAAUUCACAGGCUUCAGAUGUCUAAGCCCAGCAUGUGAGAACGUUGGCUCAGCUGGGAGGAUUCUGUGCUUGAGGUUUCAAGAUACAGUGUUCAGACAAAAGGCAUUCAAAUACACGCAUCACUCCUCACAUCACUUUCCAUCAAGGGACCAGUUUCCAAGUUGGCAGCGAUUGGGCACAGAAAGUCUGCCACUGAAAGUGAAAAAUUCAAUGAAUUCUAGUGAAUAUCUAUGAACUAGUCACAUUUCCGAUGGUUGUCCUUUAGAGUCCAGCUUCUGUGUCGCUCCCCUGAAUUUGUUUAAUUUCACCUAUAAUUUUAACUUUCCAUACCUUGUUUUGUCGCGUGAACGCGGAGACAGUUAAGGACAGAGUGUGUGUUUCAACGGUCCCAUGUAGCUUCCUCACCUUGUCUUCUCUCCAGACUGAUGAAGAUGAAGGAAGGGAGAUAAACAAAAAGACAAAGGAGACGAGGAGAGGAAGCCACCUCAGCACCCCGGGAUUAGCCUCCCUUCUGAUUCCAUCGUCUCAGUUAUUCUCUAGGUGGGGACGCAGGGUUAUAACAUCCUAUGAGGUGUCGUGACCUCUUAAAUGCAGUUAAGGUGUUUUACAGGGGUUGUAGCAUCGGGUAAGGCUUAAUGAUGUGUAGUGAGCAAGGUGUUAUUUUACGAUUGUGCUUGCGUCCCAAAUGUCAGCAUAUUCCCUUUGUAGAGCAUCUGGCUAUGGUUAAAAUAGUGCACUAAAUAGGGAAUAGGGUAGGAACUACUAGGUGUCUAACCACCUUGUUGUGCGAUGUUCUAUUGUAUAAUCAUCUUGCAUGAAGUCAUGUGUUGAUGUUAAUGUAGAAUCACAAAUGGAUACAAGGAUUGGGGUCAACUUGAAUUUAAGUCCGUCAAUUCAGCAAAUCAUGUCAAAAUGAAAUGUUCACAUGGGAAAUUGUCACAGCAGACUAAGGUCAAUGAUUAGAUUUGAGUUUUAGUUAACUUCCUAAUUGGCCUCGUCAUUAGCAGAUUAUCCUGUGACCAAAUAUUUGAAUUACCAGAUUGAUAACUUUGAGAAAACGGAAUGCAAACUUGAAAGGAUUCUGGAUGGUUCUACCGGUUAUGAAUUGACUGACUUCAAUAAAGAUGUGCCCUAACCAUGAUGAGCAUAGUAGUGAAACUCACUGUAAUAGGUCUUCAUGUAAUUCAAAGGUCAUAUUCAGUUGGUAUGAAAAGUUUUGACGUUAAAUGGAAAAGAGGUCAUGAACUUGUCCUAUAAGAAGAAAGGUUUUCCUAUUUGCAUUGCAAAGAGUUUUGCUACGGUGUGCCGUACUGAACACAUCCCAUCUCAGUUCAAUUGUGGUAUUUAUGUAGAGAAGUGUUAGGAGGAUGUGUAUAAAGGUAAAUGUUUAUUUUUACAUACGGAUCUAUAUACUUAUAAAUGUUUUGAACUUUAAAGUGCAUAAUCUCUUUUGAUCAGAUGGGAACCACGUUAAGGAGAUAUCUGAGCAUUGAGAGGAAUAAAAACAUGGUAGUCAGAAUUGGUUAAUUACCAUGAUGAUAACACUGGAUAUGGGAUGUAUGUAGGGCAAUGGUGGGGUCAUAUAAAGUGCAUAUAGAUUGUAUAGGUUUUUCAGAAUUAUACCUAUAGAUUGAGAAAGUUUUUUUCUCUGUACGUGUACUUUGUCCCCCAUUUAUACACACACACACACACAAACAUCACUGUACUGUAGAUGGAUAGUUGAUAGCCACGACUUCAGGUGCAUUAAUUUUGCCUCAUAAUUAUCUAAUUGUGUUGCUAAAAAUAAACUGUAAAGGCAGUCAGUGUAUUGUCACACUCAAGGCUAGUUUUGCUUGAUUGCACAAAUUGUAUCAAUUAACUGUUAUUGUAGGUUUUUUCUUUGCCUGUUCUCAUGUCUUAUUUAGUAUCUUUCUUGUCUUUGUGCCUUUGUCUGUGAGCAAGGAGGUGUCACAAUUACAUUUUAUUUUUCUAGUUGUAUAUUAAUUUCUUUUUUUGUAGCCAUGCUUUCGAGUUUGUCCGUAGUUCUCUUACAUGUCUAUUUGCUUCUCAACGCGUCGUCGUAGCAUUUUUCAUACAUUGUAAAUGUUGUACAGGAUCUAGCUAAAAUUUGUAUUUACGUGUGCGCCACUGACUCAUUGAAACAUAGUAAAAAAACAAGGCCCUUUUAUACAGUUUUAUGAUGAAAAAAAGGAGUUCUGUCCUAGAGAUUAUAUACUUUGUGACGUGAAAGUGUAUAGCAACGUUAAUGACGCUGUCGUAGCUUCUGUAUUUACUUAGGAUGAGGUCCUGGACCGGUACUGCAACAACAACAGACUAGAAGCAUUUCAAUCAGGAAAUCAUUGCAAUUCUUGGUCUUCAAAACAGCCAACGACUUAAGAUGUCUCAAGGCCGAAUUCAGCAAAUCUUAGGACCUGUUUGAAUACUUACAAAAUGCACCCUUAAUAACUUUCUUGAAGUUAUCUAUUAUCCAAUCACGUAUCUAUCUGUUCGUGAUUGGAUAAGUGAAAGUUUGUUGACCAUCAUGCUUUCAUCAGUCUUGCUUGGAGAGGUCAGUGUUGUCUUCAAGGAAGGAAGGAGGGAAAUGUGCAUCUGGAAUGUUUUGUAACGGGGCCGUCAGUCUUUAGAUACAGAUAUAGUGAUGUGUUCACCUAACAAAUAUCACUGAUGUUAUUCUGCUUAUGUAGGUCAGACAGUGAGUCAAAUGAUGUUGAACAAACUUGAAAAUGUAAAUAAAAUGAAUUUGAUUUGGCAUGACCAAGAACUGAA